ACACGGACUUACUCGUCAGACUCUUCCUAGUUCCAUGACUGGAAGCUUGAACGUACUCCAACAAACCUCCUUAGCUCUGUUACUGUAGUAAGCACCAAAAGCCAAGAGAGUAAUCCUCUUAGAACUCGGGUGGGAGGAGCCGAGGAGGUCUACUGAUUCUCUAUCUUUGUUUCUUUAAUUUUGUUUGUUAAUAUAAGAGAAGUAAAGAGGAAAUGGCUCCUCAAUAUCUGCAAAAGCAGGAAGAAGAUGAAGCGGCAGCCAGCUUAUUACCCACUCGGCCUCCCGAUUCCGAGCUAGAAGAAAUAAACGAUGAUGCAGAAUCAGCUUUCGAAGCCAGCGAGAAGGUAGUGGUUGUGGACGAGAGCGAGAGCGAGGGCCUCCAAUUCCAGAAUUUUUCCACCGUUCCGCCCUUUUCAUGGAAAAAAUUGUGGUUGUUUACGGGUCCAGGGUUCCUCAUGAGCAUUGCUUUUCUCGACCCAGGUAACCUAGAAGGUGAUCUCCAGUCGGGAGCCAUCGCGGGUUACUCUCUGUUGUGGAUCUUGAUGUGGGCUACUAUCAUGGGUCUUCUGAUUCAGUUGUUGUCGGCUAGACUCGGUGUUGCGACUGGCCGGCACUUGGCGGAGCUCUGUAGGGAGGAGUACCCAUCAUGGGCUACCUAUCUCUUGUGGAUCAUGACGGAGGUGGCAUUGAUUGGAGCUGAUAUUCAGGAGGUUAUUGGCAGUGCUAUUGCGAUCAAGAUUCUUAGUAAUGGAUUUUUACCGCUCUGGGCUGGGGUUCUCAUCACAGCAUUUGAUUGUUUCAUCUUUUUAUUUCUUGAGAACUAUGGGGUGAGGAAAUUAGAAGCACUUUUUGCAGUUUUCAUUGGAAUAAUGGCGAUUUCAUUUGCGUAUAUGUUUGGCGAAGCCAAACCCAGUGGCAAGGAACUUCUACUAGGUGUUUUGAUUCCAAGACUAAGCUCGAAGACAAUACACCAAGCAGUUGGUGUUGUUGGUUGUAUAAUUAUGCCUCACAAUGUGUACUUGCAUUCUGCUCUUGUUCAAUCUAGGACAAUUGAGACCCACAAUAAAGGCCGGGUCCAAGAGGCCCUUAAUUACUAUACAAUUGAGUCCACUGUUGCCUUAGCCAUCUCCUUCAUGAUCAAUCUCUUUGUCACUACUGUUUUUGCAAAGGGAUUUUAUGGUACAGAUAAGGCCGAUAGUAUAGGCCUACUAAAUGCGGGUCAAUAUCUUAAAGAGAAGUAUGGAGGAGGACUAUUCCCAAUUCUCUACAUUUGGGGAAUUGGGUUAUUAGCAGCUGGACAGAGUAGCACUAUCACGGGGACAUAUGCUGGGCAGUUUAUUAUGGGAGGUUUUCUCAAUCUACGGUUGAAGAAAUGGUUGAGAUCAGUGAUUACAAGGAGUGUUGCUAUCAUCCCUACUAUAAUUGUUGCCCUUAUGUUCGACUCUGAAUCUACAUUGGAUAUUCUAAAUGAAUGGCUUAAUGUCCUUCAAUCGGUUCAGAUUCCUUUUGCCCUUAUUCCCCUUCUUUGCUUGGUCUCCAAGGAGGAGGUAAUGGGAGCUUUUAAGAUCGGCCGUACUCUCAAGAUUUUAGCUUGGAUUGUGGCUGCCUUGGUGAUACUUAUAAACGGGUAUCUCUUAGUGGAUUUCUUCUCUGCUGAAGUAAAUGGAUUGCUAUUUAGCUCUUUGGUCUCUGCUGCUACAGCGGCAUAUGUGGCAUUUAUCGUUUAUCUUAUUUCACGAGGCAGCUUCCUUUCCGCUUGGUUCAGUCGUAUGUGGCCUAAGAGUUUAACGGCCAGUGGGAACUGAGGAUUAAUUUUCGACCUUGUGAAUCACAAAGGUUUGGGAUCAUAUUGUACAUUAAAGUUACAGAUUCAAUGGGAGCUGUACAAUCCCUAAUUUUAGUUUCAGCAUUUCUAACUCUGCUGGUAUGUAUACUUAUGCUCCUGUGCCAAUGAAGCAAAGUUUUGGUGCUAUUCCACUGUAAUUGUAGAACUUCCUAGUUGUAUAUUGUAGUCAAGUUGCAAUGUUCCAAGACUAGCUAUCAAAUUACUUGAAAUGAAAUGAAAUGAGUUUAUAUAUA